AUGGGGAUCGAGAGGAGACUCAAAGCUCUCACAACCAUGGUGAAGGAGAAUCUGCCCAGCUGGGUCCACCAGGACUCUGAGGAGGGUCUGGUCCGUGUGAACGUUGGCGGUCUGAAGAGGAGUCUCUGCUCCAGCACACUGAAGAAAUUCCCAGACACCAGACUGGGAAAACUGCUGGCGUGUGACUCAGAGGAAGACAUUCUACAGGUGUGUGACGACUACGACGUGCAGGAGAAGGAGUUUUACUUCGAUCGGAAUCCCGGCCUGUUUCCUUACGUCCUCCACUUCUACCAGACGGGGAAGCUUCACGUCAUGGAGGAGCUCUGUGUCUUCUCCUUCAGGUCAGCGUGGAUAGAGUACUGGGGCAUCAACGAGUUCUUCCUGGACUCCUGCUGCAGCUACCGCUAUCACGACCGUAAGCUGGAGAGCAGCCGGCACCGCACCUGGGACGACGAGAGCGAGCACUUCCAGCAGGUGCGCUACGGGAACGUGAGGAAGUGCCUGUGGCUGACGCUGGAGAACCCCGGGUACUCCAUCCCCAGCAAGCUCUUCAGCCUGGUCUCCAUAGCGGUGGUGCUCAUGUCCAUCGCCACCAUGUGCAUCAACAGCAUCCCGGAGUAUAAGAAUCUGGACUCAGAGGGAAAGCUGAUCGAGGACCCGUCCAUGCAGGCUUUGGAGGUGUUCUGCACCUGUUGGUUCUCCUUUGAGGUUGUGAUGCGGCUCCUGCUUGCGCCGAACAAGAGGAAGUUCUUCCAUCACCCGCUCAACAUCAUCGACAUGGUGUCAGUGGUUCCCAUUUACAUCACCCUCCUCUUUGACGUGACCCUGGGGGCCGAGUCUGAACUGGGAAACCUGGGACGGCUCAUACAGGUGUUCAGGUUAAUGAGGAUAUUCAGAGUUCUGAAGCUGGCCCGACACUCCACAGGUCUCCGUUCGCUGGGGGCAACGCUCAGGCACAGCUACCGGGAGGUCGGGCUUCUGCUUCUCUAUCUGGCCGUGGGGGUGUCCGUCUUCUCUGGAAUCGCUUACACUGCUGAAUGUGAGGAGGACGUGGGCCUGGACACCAUCCCGGCCUGCUGGUGGUGGGGCACGGUCAGCAUGACCACGGUGGGCUACGGGGACGUGGUGCCCGUCACGGUGGCCGGGAAGCUGGCGGCCAGCGGCUGCAUCCUGGGCGGGACGCUGGUGGUGGCGCUGCCCAUCACCAUCAUCUUCAACAAGUUCUCCCACUUCUACCGCCGCCAGAAGGCCCUGGAGGCCUCGGUGAGGAACAACAACCGCAAGAAGAUGAGGAUGAGCUGCAAGGACGAGCUGGAGGAGGAAGAGGAGGGGGACGAGGAAGAGGACGAGGACGAAGAAUCGGACAGAGACAGCAACUGUUCGGAGGACGAUGACAUUGACGACAUCGAGGAAGACGAUAUCGAUUAUGAAGACGAAGGCGGGGUCAUAAACUACAGCUAUGUGGAACAUCCGUCCUAUAUGUCGAUGACCAGCAAGAGGGAGCUGUAUCAGCUGUGAAAAGCUGUUGAUUGAUUCUCAAAAGAAAGAAAAAAAUACAUGCAAUCUAACUAGUUCGGCUCAAAUUCAUGUUUGGUUUUCAUUGAAACCAGAACUGCAAAAAAAAUGCAACCUUCUUCGGAAACUCUGUGUUGGAUAACUCUCGUCUUGACAUAAAAAAACUGACCAUACCUUGUGGACAUUAACUAGCCGCAGACUGUGUACCUCUAAAACAUUUAAACCGGGCUUAUUUAUUUCUGAUACACCAGAGAGAGAGAGAGAAGUGAACGUUUCUUUCUUCUCAGAUUGGAUUUAUUACUCUGCCUGCUUUAAAAUGAAGAGGAAAAACAGGCCCAGGUCGAGUUAAAUUGAAAUAGCAUGUACAACCAAGAAAUAAAUACAUAAUGCAAUGUACAACUGUGACUGCUGCAUUUGUGGAAAUACAGACUAGAGUAAAGACAACACCCCAUUUAAACAUCUAUGCAGGAAACAAAACAGCAGGUAAAA